AUGGCCAACAAUGCCAAUGAUGGAGAAGCCCUUGGGUUGGACGACGUGCCGGAACUUCCUGAAGCACCCACGGAACAGCCCAAGUACAACCGGGACUACCACAGACUAUUCAUCAAAUUCAUGAGCUGGCUGCACAAGAGGACGUACACCAAGGCGGCUCGCUUCCAACCCAGUGCUUUGGGCGGCAUCCAACCACAUCACGUUGCCGACUACUUGAAAUGGCGUGCGUAUGGUACGACCGAUGUUGACUUCAAAGAUCUGGAGCAGAAUCCAACUUGCCGCUCCUCUACUCUUGAGCAAGACAAGAAGGCUAUCUCCUUCUACAUGCCCACCAAAGGUGCCACAUGGAAUGGAACCUCCGGCAAUCCAACCAAGUCCGAUCCUGUGAACGAAGUGGUCAAGGAAGUCAAGAAAGCGGAGACUCAACACCGCGGCAAGAAGUCCUGUGCCACCAGGGAUUUGACGGAAACUGAGUAUCGCAAUGAACUCUACGGCAAAGGGAGCUUUGAAUCGACCAUCCGUACAGCCUGCAUGUUGAAGCAGCAAGUCCAUCUCAUCACCAGGACGGAUGACAUCUCCAAGUUGAAGUAUUCCGACUACAAGCCGCAUCCAGACUUCCCUUUUGCGCUCAGUUGCAAGGUGCAUUGGUCCAAGAAUAUUUCCGAAGAACGACAAUGCCCUGACCAAAUCAUUCUUGGCGAUCCCAAGUUGGCUCCCAAGCACUGCAACGCAGCCUACCGCAACAUUCUCAAGGCUGUCUUUUUGUCGGCUCUAUUUCUGGCUGUGGCGGUCCUCAUUGCCGGUGUUCUUGGGAGUCACAGCAUUCGGAAGUUUGCUGCAACUCUGGCAAGAGGGAUGGGUGCUACUGCUGACGAAGUUGACAUUCGAGGUCGCUGGAAGGCUCGCUUAUCUGGACGGGUUGUUGAUGCCUACAUUUCGCCUGAACAGCCCUGGAUCGACGCCCGUGUUGCCGAAAAGCUUUGCAUGGGGGCUCCUAUUGCCUACAAGCUACACCCGGAUGCCAAGAGAGUGACUCCCGACUGGUUGAUUGAGCAUGUGGUGCCAAGGACACAUGCCUUUUACGACGGUGUCAACGACAUUUCCCUUCACUUGGCUCUGCCUCUUUUGUGGGCUGCUCUUGACGAAUCUUGGGAGGAGAGGAUGGAGCCUCCCGUUCGUGUUAGGAUCCAAGAUGCGUAUGAGCGCAUCAAGGCCGAUAUUCCUGUUGUCGUCAACCCUGUGGUGAAAGUGCCUCUCUCUAUUUGGACGCACAACACCAAGCUCCACAUCAACGAAAUCGAGCCGAUGGAUACGGGAGGUGGCGGUGGCACGGCUGGUGGCACUACGGGAACGACCGGCCAGGCAAGCACUCGUCAAGUUGCCAAUCAGUCUCGGCAGCUCCAGCAGCUCAUUGCGCAGGAAGGUAGGACCCGCGACAGUUCGGCUGCUGCUUUGAGAGGUUGGUUGGAGACUUGGCUUGGCGCGGAGCUGACGAAACUCAAUGGAAAUAUUUGCAGGAUUGCUGUUCAGCCUCCAAGGAUGGCAACACCUGAUCAGGUAGAUGGUAAUCUUUUUAGAAAUGGGUUGACUGUGGAAAGGACUCGCCGGAAUGGCCAGACUAGCUUCAGGUACAGACAAGCUGUGGCCACCACCCCUGCUGAUAGUAGGCCUGCCAAGCUAGCCAAGUACAGAACUUUUGGCUCUGCUUGGCAAGAGUGGAUGCAUGGUAUUGGUGGCAACAAGCCAGCCAAGAACUUCACUGCUGAAGAUAUCAGGGCUUGCAAGUCAACCUACUCCAGGAGGAAGCCACUCUGGACUCUCAUGGCUACACUUGUCAAUGCUCAGAAAGCUCCAGCUUGGGUCAUCUCCAAGAUUGAGGAGCAUUACAAAGGAAGUGUUUUGAAUAUUACUGCUGCCAUCAAGCAGGACACCAUUAUGGGCAGUCUGCAUGAGGAUCUUUGUAUUGUUCAUGCUCAGUAA